AUGCCAUCCGAACAGGAACGAUGCCCAUGCGCAAAGAGUCAUAGAACCGAUAAACCGUUCGAAAGUAGGAUUUAUCAGGAGUGGAACCAGAGAGAGCAACUGGUAGAACAGCGUAAGCAGGAACGUGUGGUUUGGCUUGAUGUUUGGCAGGAUGAAAAAUUCAACGUCACCAACAAGUCCUCUUGUGAGUGUACCAGCGUUGUUGAGUCUCUCAUAAUCUAUUUUGUUGAAUACCAGGGAAAUGAUCCUUGCUGCCCCUGGGACCCUAAGAGUCAGUUGGAUCAGAACUCUGUCAAUCAACGAGUAGACAGCCCAGAUAUUUGGUGCCCAGUACGCAUGGGUCAGACCUCUCGCGAACGGAAACAGCCGUUGGAACACGUUUGA